GUUACCAUGAAGUGUGCCCCAGUAGUUGAAGUGUCUCUCUGUCGCUAGAGAGCUAGCAGGAAGUGCCGCUCGGGUGCUUCUCCUCUGUCUCAUCAAUGCAGCUUUCAUUCUCCCUCGGUGGGGCAAGAUGGAAGCUGUACAGAAGGACCACUGGUACUUCGUGGUACUCAUCUUUCUUCCUUUUCUUAAAGUUGCUGCCCAGCACAUGGAGCCUGCUACAGUCCGCCUGGAGGAAGGGAUGGUUCUCAACUGUUUGUGUCCUUGGGACGGCAACCUCAGCUUGGUGUCCUGGACCAAACUACCAGACAAGAAUCUGGUAGCUGUUUUCCAUCCAGAGUAUGGAGUGGACUUCUCUCACCAUUACCGGGAAAGGAUAGAGUUCCUGAGGACCACGCCGAUGGACGGAAGUAUUUCCAUGAGGAAUGUCACUCACCAGGAUAUCGGGCUCUACCACUGCUCUGUUCAGACCUUCCCUCAAGGCCCCUGGACAAGGAACAUUCAGGUGGAAGAUUUAGAUGAGCCCCCAGAGGAAGACAACAGCACAGAGUCCUCCAUCCCAGAGGUGAUCGAGGCGGACACAGAGUUGUUGGCAGAGCUGGACAACAACCUGACCAUUAGCUGUAACCACGAGCACAAUGGUAGCGUUUACCAGGUCAUUUUGGAGAAGAUGCCCCACGGCCAGCCCUGGGGCAUUAUCGGAGUGUGUAAGAAGGUGGAAGGGGGCCUGCUGGCCGAGGACUACAGCGACAGGGGCAGGGUCAGCUGUGCAGACAGCCUGGAUGUCAAUCUGCACCUGACAGGUGUGGAGCGGAAAGAUGGCGGUUUCUACCGCUGCACCUUCAGCACAGAUGCGGGGGUGCGGACGACCACUGUGCUGCUCACUGUGCCUCCUCCAGGUGGAUUCAGCCUAUCUGUGUACAUGAUGUAUAUUUACAUCGGGGCUGGAGCUGCUGGGCUUAUUCUACUUGUUGCCAUCAUCAUACUAGCAGUGAAGCACAGGAAGAAGAACAGGAGAGAGGAGUACAGAGUCAAACUGCACCCAUCUCAAAGACAGCCAAACUUCUAUGAGAACAUCUCUGUGUGCCCCAGGAUGGCAAAGGAGUCCAGGCAGAUCAGAAAUUUCCCGGUCUAUGCCAACCUACAGACCGUACGAUCACACAAAACCAAAUGUCAGCUUCACAAUAAAUGAACAUUCGUAAACUUGACGUAUUGCAUAAUGUGAACGUGUAGGUUUUCACAAACAAAGCAGAUUGAUUUCCAGCGGCUGAAAAAAAAGUAUUUAGACCCCUUUCCUUUUUGCACACAUCAUAGUGUUGUUGAUACACUCCAUAACUCAUAAUGUCAAAGGGAGAAUAUGUUUUUAGAAAUAUAUGCAAAUUAAUUAAAAAUCAAAAACUGAGAUUUCUUUUCCCUAAGUAUUGAGACCCUUUCAUGUGGCACUCCAACUUGCGGUCAGAUGCAUCCUGUUGGCUUUAAUUAUCCUUGAGAUGUGUGUGAUUGGAGUCCACCUGUGGGGAAUUGAAUUGAUUGACCACAACACACCUGUGUAAUUAAGGUCCCAUAGGUCCCACUGCAUGUUACAGCUACACCCAAUGAAGUGUGCAAAAAGUGAAAUGGUCUGAAUAGUUUCGAAAGCCACUUCAUACAAAGGCAAAAAUAAACAAUUUGUUUUUAUAAGAUGCAGGGAUCAUUCUGACACUGAUUAUUUGUCAUACUUUAUUUUGAAAUGAGUUAACAAACUGGUGCUCAUCACAGUCUCAGAGAGCUGACGGGUUUGUUUGUGUCCAAUCUUAAUCCCACUAAUUAAAUGUAGUAUGUACUUCAUAAUCACUGCUCAGGAAAUAUUUGUUGUGGGCAAAACAAUAUUUGACAGUAACCAUCACGCAGAAAGAGCCGACAAAAAGCCUGUAUAAUCAUUCUUUUCACUUCCCUAACCCCCGAGUAAAACGAUUGACAAAAGCCUGUGUAAUUGCUCUCCUUUUACUUUCAUCCCUCCCGGUUUCCAUUCAAAGCUUGACAAUGGUGUCUAAUCAUCUAACGGAAAAGAAAAGCAGUCACUCAGCACUGUAGCGUCACUUGAGACUGUUGCUUUCCCCAACAGGCUCUCUGUCUAGGAUGGCUGCAUUCUAGUAACAGAACGCUCUUAUUGUGAAAGCUAAACUCUAAUUAGAUAAUCCUGUGCUUCAGUUUAUAGCGCCUUAUGCUUUGUCUAUCUAUGGUUUGUUGAUGAAUGGGUUGGUACUUUUUUCUGUUUUAAAAUGUAAUUUCCAAAUCGUUAUCAUAAUUUUUAUGAAAAGCUGUCAGAGGUUUUCCAAGUUGUGUUUAUUAUUUUGUAUGCUUUCUAAGCUUGUCUAUAUGCUUCUGUAAACCAAAAUGUCAGGUUUAUGGUAGGACUAUUAAGCUGUGUGUUGUUUAUGUGUAAUGUGAUCCAUUUAUCUCCAUAGAAAUGGAGGCAGUGGCAGAGGCCGUAAUGGAUAUGCAGGCUAUCCUGCUAGGAAACAAGACAAAUGUGGACGAGCUAGAAAUGUGGAACAUAAAGGGACAAUAUAGUUUGGAAUCCCAAGUUUUUGCCUUCAUUCUCUCAUCUUGCUGUUCGCGGAAAAACAGUAGAAGCUGUAACUAUAAAUUUGACUGUGACACUUGUGAUGCUGCGUGUGUAUGCCCAGCAAUACUGAAAAUGAUGUGUGUGACUGUAAAAGACUCCCAUGUGGUAAAAAUAAAACAUAAUGUCAUAGCCACUA